AUGGAGCCAUACAAGCUCACAGCCACUCAAGCACUAUCCAAGUUCAAGAACGGUUCUUUCACCGUAGAGGAGUACGCCCGGUCGCUACUUUCACGCAUUGACAGGAGGGAUGUAACUGUCAGGGCUUGGGCUUAUCUAGACCCCGAAUACGUCAUCGAGCAGGCCAAAAGAUUUGAUCAAGUCCCGCGACAUGGGCGAGGACCUCUGCACGGAGUUGGAAUCGCUGUCAAAGACGUGAUAUAUACUAAAGAUAUGCCUACGCAGCAUAGUUCUCCCAUCUAUGAGGGCGAUGCACCGAAUCUAGAUGCAGCCUCCAUCAUCACUCUGCGUCAUGCUGGGGCGUUGGUACUGGGCAAAACUAGGACGACCGAGUUUACAUCAACCACAUUGGGUCCGAAGACUCGCAACCCGCAUGAUCCGACGAGAAACCCAGGCGGCUCUUCUUCGGGCUCGGCGGCAGCCGUUGGGGAUUAUCAGGCACCUAUUGGACUCGGCACCCACACUGGUGGAAGUACAAUCCGUCCUGGCUCAUAUAACGGCAUAUAUGCCACCAAGCCGACGUGGAACUCCAUCAGCAGAGAAGGGCAGAAGAUCUACUCGCUUAUCUUGGAUACUCUGGGGAUUUUUGCCCGCAGCAUAGAUGACUUGCAAUUACUUGCUGACGUGUUCGCCAUCGAAGACGACUUGCCCCCUGACAAUGCCUUCACCGUCAAGGGAGCCAAAUUCGCCCUUCUCAACCAUCGUCUGGCCACAGUUGGUCCCGGUACUGCGGCGGCGAUGGAAACCGGUGCAAAGUUGUUGAGAGAUCAUGGAGCGGAAGUGGAAGAGAUUGAGCUGCCUUCAGAGUUCGACAAGAUGCCCGAGUGGCACGGCAUAGUCCUCCACAGCGACGGGCGCGCCUCCUUCUUGCCAGAAUACCGAGUGGCUAAGGACAAGCUGGACUCUUUCCUGGUUGACCAUGUCGAGAACUCCGGUAUAGCCUCGCUGAGGCCCAAGAUCGACGAUAUCGCCAGUAAAUACGCCGCUAUUCUCACGCCAAGUGUGGUAGAUGAGGCUGCAGUGGGCAUUGAGAGCACUGGAAGCCCAGCGUUCAACAGCAUCUGGACUGUAAGUUGA